AUGUCUAACGUCUUGCCUCCAGGGACUCAGUCCUGUCCUCCUCCAGAGCUCCCCCAGCUCGUCGCAGAACAGCAUGUUCCGAUUCCUUCCCACGACAAGGACACUCAGCGCUUGAUCGUCGUUCUCUCUAAUGCCAGCCUGGAAACCUACAAGGCCGUCUCGAGCGGACGUGGAGGAACCAAGGAUGAGAAGUUCUCGCUCUUGAACAGUGAUGAGCACAUUGGUAUCAUGCGCAAGAUGAACCGCGACAUCAGUGAAGCUCGUCCGGAUAUUACCCACCAGUGUCUGCUUACCCUUCUCGAUUCCCCCGUGAACAAGGCUGGUCGUCUCCAGAUUUUCAUUCACACUGCCAAGGGUGUUUUGAUCGAAGUGAACCCCUCGGUCCGCAUUCCGAGAACAUUCAAGCGAUUUGCCGGUCUGAUGGUCCAGCUGCUCCACCGGCUCUCCAUCCGCUCCACCAACUCACAGGAGAAGCUUCUGAAGGUUAUCAAGAACCCAAUCACCGAUCACCUGCCGCCCAACUGCCGCAAGGUCACCAUGAGUUUCGAGGCACCCGUGGUCCGUACUAAGGACUACCUGGAAACAUUGAAGCCGAAUGAGAGCAUUGCUAUUUUCGUCGGUGCUAUGGCCAAGGGACACGACGACUUCGCCGAUUCAUUCAAGGAUGAAACCAUCAGUAUCAGCAAUUACAGUCUCAGUGCCAGUGUUGCCUGCAGCAAGUUCUGCCAUGCCGCUGAAGAGGUCUGGGAUAUCCUGUGA